CUUGAAGCGUAAGAUUUAGACGGUGAGCCUAACUUGGCGUCUUUAAACCAUCUGCGUUAAAGGUAAUACUUUGCGAUCGAUAGACCGGCACCCAUCACAUAAUUUCUGAGCCAACGAAUAUAAAAUCUAGAAUUUCGAUCUUAGACUCAUUUCAUCUCGAGCUGGUCUGAUUUGCUUCGAAUACUCUCAAUCUCAUGAGUUGUGACUUAUUCUAGCUCGCUUGGCAUUCUUCUUCGCUAUUCACACAUUAACUUAACCACUUACAUAUUCGCGGAGUGCCAUAUAUCUAAGACAACCAUCUACAAGACUCUCCUAGGUCACAAUAUAAUAUAGCAUACAAACAUAAACCACCCUCCUACAACCGAGGCAUCCAACCUCCCCCACCCCCCACAAAUGGACACAGAAUCCUUCCUCAGCACCUCCUACACCCUCAUCCGCUCCGUCGCCGCCGUCCCCCCCUCCACAUCCGCACCAACCCUUCCCUCCGCCUCAACCCUCUCCACCGCGCGCUCCAGCAUCCCCACCCCGUCCAACCCCGCGGCCCUCUCCGGCCGCGGCCCCGCCGCCACCCUCGCGCACCUAACAGCGGACAUCGCGCCCGCGCUCGCCGGCCACAACCGCAGCGGCCGGUACUACGGGUUCGUGACCGGGGCGACGCUGCCGGUUGCCGAGGCCGCGGAUAACCUGGUCUCGGCGCUCGACAACAGCCUGCAGGUGCAUCUGCCGGGCCAGAGCAUAGCGACCGAGGUCGAGGAUGCCGCGUUGCGGUUGCUGCUGCGGCUGCUGGGCUUGGAUGGCGGAGGUGGGGAGGGCUGGGCCGGCCGCACGUUUACGACGGGCGCGACGGCGAGCAAUGUCCUGGGGUUGGCGUGUGCGCGCGAAGCUGUGGUGAGCGCGCGCUUGCCGGCUGCAGGCGCAGAUGGUGGUGGUGGGGUGGGCGAGUUGGGACUGCUGGGUGCGUGUGCUGCCGCGGGCGUUAGAGAGAUUCAGGUCCUGACGAGUAUGGGCCACAGCUCGCUAUCGAAAGCGGCGUCGAUUGUGGGGCUAGGACGGAGCGCGGUUAGGGAGUUGCGGUAUAGCGAGGCUGAGCCAUGGAGGUUGGACUUGGAUGCCGUGGAGAGGGAGUUGCAGCGCGAAGGGGUUGCUAGUAUUGUGGCUGUUAGUGCGGGUGAGGUUAAUACGGGGAGGUUUGCGACGACUGGUUUCGAGGAGAUGCGGCGGCUACGGGACUUGGCUGAUAAGUACAAGGCUUGGAUACAUGUUGAUGGCGCAUUCGGCAUCUUUGCCCGCGCCCUCCCAGCAACAAGCGAGUUUGCUCGGCUCCGGGAAUUCACGGCCGGCCUCGAGCUCGCGGAUAGCAUUACCGUGGACGGGCACAAGCUUCUUAACGUCCCCUACGACACCGGCAUAUUCUUCACCCGCUCCUCCCACACCCCGCAAGCCGUCUUCCAAAACCCCAACGCAGUCUACCUCUCGACGCCGGCCCCGUCCUCCGGCCCCGCCAUCCCCAGCCCCCUAAACAUCGGCCUCGAGAACUCGCGCCGCUUCCGCGCGCUGCCCGUGUACGCGGUGCUCCUAAGCGAGGGCGCCGCGGGCGUAGCUGACAUGCUGGCGCGCAUGGUGCGGCUAGCGCGGGGGAUCGCCGGGGCUAUCGCGCGCGGCGGCGAGCUGAGCGGAGACUACGAAUUACUGCCCGCUCUUACGGCGGAGCAGAAGCGGACGGGGGAGGAGGAGGAGGAGGAGAACACGCAUAUUGUGGUACUGUUCCGCGCGCGUGACCCGGGGCUGAAUGCUACGUUGGUUGAAAAGAUUCAAGCAUCGGGGGAUUGGUACGUUAGCGGGACGAAGUGGGAGGGACAGCCUGCGUGCCGUAUUGCGGUGGCGAGUUGGCGGGUUAAUGUCGACGAGGAUUUGGCGUUUGUGAAGGAUAGACUGGCUGGGAUAGCGAAGGAGUGGAAGGACGGGGGUAGUAUAUGAAUAUCUAGGAUGAAUAGUACGAGUUGGGUUAAACUAAAUAGACUUGUAUGCUUGUUAAGAGGGUCCUUUAGAGACAAUGGCAAAAUCUCUUUUUUUAUUUCAUUUAUUGACCUUGCUAGUUGACGAGUCUCCUAAAUAGUCUUCCCAGACCAACUUCAAGUUGGUAGCAAGAGAAUACUAUAGUUCAGUGACCCUAAUUUAGACUUCGUCUUGAAGUAUUUCUCUUAUCGUAAUAUUGAGAAUACUCGUCCGUACCUAAGUAACAUGUCGUAAAAGAUCUCGAAGAUUAUCUCCUACUGAGAGAUUGUACUAAGGACAGACAAACAGACUCCAUGUCGUAGUCUUCAACAGACCUGUCCGUAUCCUAUGAGGUGGUAUGCUCGUCGUUUGCGAACUAGCAUUCUAACUCGCCGUGGUAACCGUUGAAUCGUCCAGCGAGCGGACUGCAAACCGCAGACGGCAGAUUUUACUGCAACAUCAGUCCACCAGCCAUCAUAGCAGCAGCUCCAUGGCAUGCAUUCCCUUCUCAUCUCACCCCCAUCCCCCCUCAGCCAAACUUCCGACUCCCCCCCU